GAGAAUCAAUGAUGGCGUCCAAGCAGCCAUGGGCUGUUGAUGAUCCUGCGCUAGAUGUGGAUGUGCUCAGCUUGACUCCAAAGAUUAUGCGCGUUCGGGGCAUGUUGAGCCACCAGGAAUGCAGCCUCUUGCGCCUUCUCAUGCUGGAAGCGAUCAUUUACUUCGGAGACAGCUCUGGGCACGUUGCCUCGCGGCCCGGUGCGAACGAAAGCUCCGGCUUCGGCCCCUUCGAGCGGCCGCUUCUGAGGGCACAGGACUCGGACCACAUCUCCUUCCACUUCGCCCAGCCUCCAAACUUCGUGAGGAACCUGAUCGAACGAGUGGCCAAGCUGGCGGGGCUGCACCCCAACAACGUGGAGCCCAUCUACCACUUGUACAUCCCAGGAUCCAUGCCGCCGAACUUACACCUGGACAACUUCAACAAGUACCUUUGGCCUCACCGCCACUUCUCGGUAUCGCUCUUCCUUGACGACUAUGCGGAUGGAGGUACAGUGUUUCCGCUACUUCUGAACACCUUUGGAGAUUCUGCUGGGACUACCAGCUUAGCUUUAGAAUCCAGAGAGGUGGAUGCGUGGCAACACAUUCUGAACGAAGAGCGCCUCGUGAGGGUUGCCAGUGACAAUGACGCCUAUGCGCACCGCCGGAUCGAUGCCUCGGAGCCCGUCUUUUUCCGGCAGCAGCUUCUGCAGGCUGCCCAAGAGAUGUGCAGGCACGGAAGAGCUGCCCAGAUGCCGGUCCUUCCAGAGAAGGGCACUAUGUAUCUAUGGUUCAACUACCUCCAAAACGGUGAGGAUGAUGUGCGGACCAUCCAUGCCGGAUGCAGCGCCCGAAAUGACUACAAGAUGCUUGGAGCCUUCUUUCUGCGGGACGCGAGUGGCCCAUUCCGAGAACAUGAAGCCUUCUGGCAUCCAUUCCAGCGCCGGGAGCACCAGGUCCAAGAAACUCAGCGUCAGAUGGAGAUCAUCACGGUGCAGAAGUUCAGGCUGAAUCAUAUCGCAGCCCUCUUUGAGCUGGAGAGAAAAGCUGUGUUCGAGCUCCACGGCGGCCAAGCAGCAGUCAGGCUGGCGUCUUUUCACCAAGAGUAUGCGCGUCGCCUGCUGCAUGAUGACCUGGAAAAGCUCAUAAAACGUCAGUACGAGAGCAUGGUUAGCGAGCAUGGUCUCACUGCAGAGGUCCGCUGGUCGAUGGUGACGACAGAUGGCAGUUUCUUUUGAAGACGAUGGCAGCUCUUCGACCUGUACCGAGCAGAAACCGGCGACUUUGGCGGCGGUGUGUUCUGCCUGCGACAAGCAGGAGCUGGAGGCGUGAUCACGGCUUGCCUCGCCGAUGUUUUCAGCGCGCCCGUGGAGCCAAGAUGAGGUCCGGGAGAUGGGAUGGCCUGGGCCAUGAGCCCCUAGCCGCUAUGCAAUCCUGCUUCAUGUGCGUAAGGAGUGACCUCGUGCUUGA